AUGGCUGGCUGGCUGCGGCCGGGCGAGCGGGGCGGCUGGCGGGUGCUGGCGGCUGUGCUGUGCCUGGCGCUGGCGCGCUCCUACAACGUGGACCUGGACCACGCCGUCCUCUUCCAGGGACCCAACGGCUCCUUCUUCGGCUACUCCGUGCUGGAGCACUCCCACGACAGCACCCGCUGGGUCUUGGUCGGUGCCCCAAAGGCAGAUUCUAAAUACAGCACCUCUGUUAAGUCUCCAGGAGCAGUGUUUAAAUGUCGAGUCCACACCAAUCCUGACAGGAGGUGCACAGAGCUGGAUAUGGGUCGUGGCAAUACUCGGGGCAUGUCCUGUGGAAAGACCUGUAAGGAGGAUAGGGACGAUGAAUGGAUGGGAGUAAGCCUGGCCAGACAACCCACGGCUAGUGGGAGUGUGCUGGCCUGUGCACAUCGUUGGAAAAACAUCUACUAUGAGACAGAAUACAUUCUCCCCCAUGGUUUCUGUAAUAUCAUCCCACCCACCUUACAGUCCAAUGGCCGAAACUUAUGGCCCUGCUAUGAAGAGUAUAAGAAGAAAUACGGGGAGGAACAUGGCUCAUGUCAGGCUGGGAUUGCAGGCUUCUUCACUGAGGAGCUGGUCAUCAUGGGAGCACCAGGAUCUUAUUACUGGACAGGAACCGUCAAAGUGUUAAACCUCACUGACAACACAUAUUUCAAACUAAACGAUGAUGCUGUGAUAGCGAGACGAUACACAUACCUAGGAUAUGCCGUGACAGCAGGUCAUUUCUCUCAGCCGACUACCACAGACAUUGUAGGAGGAGCUCCUCAGGAUGGAGGCAUCGGAAAGGUUUAUAUUUUCAGAACUGACAGGAGAUCAGGCUCCCUAAUAAAGAUUUUUCAGGCUUCAGGUAAAAAGAUGGGCUCUUACUUUGGCUCCUCCUUAUGUGCAGUUGAUCUGAACUCUGAUGGACUUUCAGACCUGCUGGUUGGAGCACCCAUGUUUUCGGAGAUCAGAGAUGAGGGUCAAGUCACAGUCUAUACCAACAGAGGAAAUGGGGUCCUGGAAGAGAAGCUUGUUCUGAGUGGUGACAAUGCCUACAAUGCACACUUUGGAGAAAGCAUGGCCUCCCUAGGGGAUAUUGAUGAUGAUGGAUUCCCAGAUGUCGCCAUUGGGGCACCGAAAGAGGAUGACUAUAUUGGAGCAGUGUACAUCUACCAUGGAGGUGCAGAUGGGAUUGUACCACAGUAUUCUAUGAAGCUGUCUGGGCAAAAGAUAAAUCCAGCACUGAGGAUGUUUGGCCAGUCCAUAUCAGGAGGAAUUGAUAUGGAUGGAAAUGGUUAUCCAGAUAUGACCAUUGGAGCCUUCAUGUCAGACAAUGUGAUACUUCUAAGAUCCAGACCCGUCAUUACAAUGGACAUCUCUAUUUUCCUGCCAGUGUCCAUUAACAUCACAGCUCCCCAGUGCCAUGAUGGCUCUCAGCAAGUGAACUGUCUCAAUGUUACAGUCUGCUUUCGUUUCAAUGGCAAGCACGUUCCAGGAGAGAUAGGCUUGAAUUACCACUUGACAGCAGAUGUGGCAAAGAAGCAGAGAGGCCAACAGCCCAGGGUUUACUUUGUGUCUUCUGGAGAAAUGAUGGGGCAGGUCAUGGAGAAGUUACAACUGUCAUAUAUGCAGGAGACGUGUGAGCACUACCUCGCCUAUGUGAAGAGAAGAGUCAAAGAUGUGAUAUCUCCAAUUGUAUUUGAAGUAGCCUACAGCCUUGGGGAACAUAUGGUGGGAAAGGAGGAGAAAGAGCUUCCUGCUCUCAAGCCUGUCCUUCGCUGGAAAAAGGGGCAAAAGAUAGCCCAAAAGAAUCAGACUGUUUUUGAGAGGAAUUGUCAAUCAGAUGAUUGUGCUGCUGAUUUGAAACUUCAGGGUAAAUUAUUACUAUCAAGUGUUGAUGAAAGAACCUCCUAUCUGGCACUGGGAGCAGUCAAGAACAUUUCACUGAAUAUUUCCAUCUCUAACAUUGGGGACGAUGCCUAUGAUACCAAUGUGUUCUUCAACUUUUCCAGGGAGCUCUUCUUUAUCAAAAUGUGGCAAAAGGAAGAGAUGGGUAUUGCCUGUGAGUUGCUGGAGUCAGACUUCCUCAAAUGCAGCGUGGGAUUUCCUUUCAUGAGAUCGAAGUCCAGGUAUGAGUUCAGCGUGAUCUUUGAUACAAGCCAUUUGUCUGGGGAAGAGGAGAUUCUUACAUUCCUUAUCACUGCCCAAAGUGGAAACCUAGAGCAUACUGACUCUCUACAUGACAAUACUCUCAUCCUGGCUGUACCUCUGAUGCAUGAAGUAGAUUCUUCUAUCACUGGAGCUGUCUCACCCACAUCCUUUGUCUAUGGUGAUUCUGUGGAAACAUCAAACUUUGUUCAGUUGGAGAAUUAUGAAUGUAUUUUUCAACCCCUCAACUUCACUCUUCAGGUUUACAACACUGGACCAAGCACUCUCCCUGAAGCUUUUGUUGACAUUUCAUUCCCAAACCGUCUCUCUGCCACUGGGGCCGACACGUUUCACAUCCAGCAAAUGUUGGUUGCUCAGGACAAAGGAAACUGCUCUUUUCAGAAAAACCCUAACCCAUGCAUCAUCCCUCAGGAGAAUGACAACAUUUUUCAUACAAUAUUUGCUUUUUUUACGAAGUCUGGCAGAAAAGUUCUGGAUUGUGAAAGACCAGGACGGUCCUGCUUAAUUGUGCGCUGUAAUUUAAGCUCACUAGCUAAAGCAGAAUCCCGCAAUAUAGAUAUUUACAUGCUGCUGAAUACUGAGAUAUUAAAGAAGGACAGUUCAUCGGUCAUCCAGUUUGUGACCAGGGCGAAGGUGAGGGUCGACACAACACUCAGGGUGGUGGAAGUGCCAAAUGGGAAUUCUGAAGAUGCAACAGUGGUCUUUGAGGCCUUGCAUAAUCUGGAGCCUCGUGGGUAUGUAGUUGGAUGGAUAAUUGCCAUCAGUUUGCUGGUGGGAAUUCUCAUCUUCUUGUUGUUGGCUGUGCUGUUAUGGAAGAUGGGCUUUUUCCGAAGGAGAUACAAAGAAAUCAUUGAGGCUGAGAAGAACAGAAAGGAGAAUGAAGAUAGUUGGGACUGGGUCCAGAAAAACCAGUGACCUGCCACUAAAGCAAAGCAAAGCAAAGUGAAACAAAAACGCAGUCAUGAGACACCUGCUUGCUAGCCUAUUGGUCCUGCUCAUGUAUCUUCCAUAUGUGGAAGAAGGAAUCUUCUCCAGAUUUUUCGGAGACCCCAUUGAUGCUGUGUUCUUGAUCAUUCUAACAAGCUAGGGAACAUAUUCCUGAGGCAACCACUGCAGCCAUGUCAGGUGACUGGAGCGAUUUACAUGUCCCAUAAAAGUUGAACUUUGAACUUUGGUAACUAAGCUGCAGUGCAGAGCAAUAUUUAUGAAUCCAACAUAUGUGGUAUACCCUCAGGGGAAGACUGUUACCUAAAAGUAUUUUUAUAAAUAUAAGCUUUUUAUACUGAUUAUGUCUUUAUAUUUGUAUCAAUGUUUUAUUGUUUCUAUUGAAUAGCUAUAUAGUUCACUCAAGCACUGAUAUCUGGCUAAGAUCUUGGAAUUACAUAUAUGUAUAUAUAAAUCUUAUUGUUCUUUGAACUUCAAUGCAAAAAAAAUGCAGAUAAAAGUAGCUGAAAAACCUCACAUAGUAAAUCCACAAGGCUUUGUAAAGUUGUGUAUAAAUCAUGUAAAGGCAGUGUGCUUUUCACUUUUUUCAAGUUCAAGGUGAUUUUUGAGUUAUGAGCUAAAGAACCUGAAGUAUUAUUUCCAUAUGAUUUUCUACAAUUGAAUCUAUCCUUCGGUAAUCUAAAUUGAGGGAAACAAUUCCUCCUACCCAGAUUGCAAAAAUAUUGUUCACGUUGGCUUUUUUACUCCAGAAAAAUAGCCUUUUGAUCACAAAGCAUAUUGUACUGAAGAAAGUG